ACAGUAACGACGCAACACCACCAGCACCAUCACCAACACCAUCAACACCAACCACCACCCCAGCACAGCAGCCCCAAGAAAUAAACUAUGAAUAAACCAGUUCGAGUGUGGUCGCAAGACAGGAAGAGGAGGCAUGGAGUGGUGGCAAGCAGCUUUGAUGAAGCAAUGCAAAAAGGAGCAGCCAAGCUUGGACUACCAGACCCAACCUCUGUCACCUUGGUGUUAGAAGAAGAUGGAACUGUUGUGGAUGAAGACUAUUGGGAGACCAUUCCUGCUGAAACAAAGCUCAUUCUUUUGUCAGCUGAUGAAGUAUGGAAACCCUCGCCUCUAUCAGUACCAAGCAAUCUUUUGCUGGUCUCUGAUGAAACUGAUAGUGCAGCAGAUGAUGACCAAAAAGCUCGUAAUCUUCUUAAUGCUCUUCAACAAAAUCCAGCUUCGGUAGCUUUAUUGAGCUUAUCUGACCUGGAGAUAAUCAAAGAUGCAAAUUUGAGCUCCACAGACUCGUCCCUACAGUUACAAGAAUUAUGCAUUGAAUUUUAUGUUAAAAAGAAGCAAGAGACUGAUGCAUUGGAAUUUGUUGAUUUGCUUAAAGAACACUUGCAGGGAAAUGAGAAGUAAAUGUUAUGAAUAAUGUUUUUUAUAUAAACUGGGUAAAAUAAUGCACUUUUAUCGUAAAAAUUAUUUGUUAAAAGGAAAGUGCUGGGACCAUGAUAAAGUGUGUUAAUGAUCAAGGAUUUAUGCUACAUGGCAUGAAAUCACAAGAGUGGGGGAAAAUGUUUUAAUGCAUGAUCAAAUAUUCUUGAAUCCACAUAGUGGUACCUUGCUAAACUUUUGCUAAAAUAAAGAAAGCCAUUGACCAAAUAUCAAGCUAGAUGGAUGAUUACUGAUAAGUAUUAUGACUGUUAUUGUGUCUGAGAUCCCUGCUGCUCAGUAACCUCCGUAAGACACAGUCAGAGGCUUAAGAGGAAUUCGUUAAUGCUUUUUAAAGUUUUUCAACAGCAGAAGUGUGUAAUAGAGCACUACUGUUACUUAUUAGUGGAACCUUUUGUACCAUGUCGUGACGUGUGGUGCUGUUGUUGCAGCGAGCAGCUGCUCACAAAUAUGCUGACAUAAGAUGCUCAUUUGGUUGUGUAGAGCUAGUGUUAAGGAGAUAGUUUAUGUUUCACAAACUUUUGUCUGGUAUUUAUUGACAAGAAAAGCAAGUAUCAUGGAAAAUAGCAGAAGCAUUUCAUACCUUAAGGCAUUGGAAGUUUUUCAGAACACAUUUAUUAUUACUUUCCUGAAAGUGAAUUAUUUACUUACGUUGCAACAUUCAGUUUAACAUUCAGUCCACCUUAACUGUGUGGGCACAUUCAGAAUAUAAAGUUCCAAUUUAUUAAUCUUGCUCAAAUAAACAAGGAAAAAUUAUAACCAGUACACACUGAUAAUCAAAUCUUAGAAGCAACUUUAAUGUGGCCAGAGUCGCAAUCUCAUCACUUUACAGUGAAAAGUCAUUGGAUAGUAAAAUCUUAGGCACAUGGGCUAUUGACAUGAAAGUCAUGUGCAGAUACAAAUUUUUGAAUCAAAACUACAAAAUGUGAAUUUUGUAAUGUAAUGACGCUUAAUAUCUGUGAAGUUUUCAUAUAUUUAUAACAUAUGUAUAUAAUUCUUAUCAACAUUAUUACUCUACCUAUACACACACACACACACACACACACACACACACACUGUAUUUGCUGGCAUAUAAGACACGUUUUAGAAAAAAAGUACAUACCAUGUGUAUAAUAGAGCAGAGACAGCGCCUCAGGGUGAGGGGUGCGAAUGAGCGGCAGUAAUACACUAAGCACACUAUUUGUCCUUGGUUGUUGUGUUAAGUAAGUCCCCAUUCAAUGUCAUUGGUAAGUUCUUGGUUCUUGGUGAAACAAGGAAUAACAAAACUAGAUUUACCAUUGGCACAAUUGGUACAAACUAAAGCCCCCUUUCCCAACCCUGGGGUUGUGACCCCAAGUGGGGUCGCCAAGCGU